AUAAACCAUGAGGGCGCACUGAAUCACUGCGUGGGGACUGUGAUGUGGACAACAUGUAGCACAAGAUGCAAAGAUGGCAUGAUUAUUAUAAAGACUAUAUAAGAGAUACAGCUAGGCUGAACCGUACAGGAGAAAUGGAUUGAUAAUGUAGCCUACAGAUGAUGGAAGAGGAUCAUUGUCAGAAGGGUCAUAUUGAUCUUGAAUCAAUUAGAAGGGGGAGAUCGGAGGAGUCCCUCUAAGAUGACACGCACAGAUCCCCCUGAUAUACUGGUAUCCACUCUGUAUCGGGACAUCAAAUUAAACCCCAUCACUGGGCACUCUCAACAAUGUGACUCGCAAAUGAUUGACAAACUGGAGCGACAUACAGAGACCAUCAACAAAAGACACUGCCGUAGCUUUGACUUCCUCGAGUCAUUGGACGACCCACAGUCCUGUUCCGCCUCAAUGGAAUACCCUUACAAGAGGACUGAGCAUCAGGGGGUGCAUAAAGAGGUGACCUGGAAUGGCCUGGAUCAUCCAGGACACCUCCGUUUCUCCUCCCCUGAUCUGUUUAACACUAGACUACCACCACCACAGCAUGCUAACCCAGACAAAACCAGUACCAGUCAGGCCACGAGGUCAGAUUCAAAGAAGAGGUCUAGAUCUAAAAGUGCCCCCAGAGUCAAGACUACCUUUACCCCGGUGCCCAUUUCAGUCUCCCCACCAGCAAACAAGAGGGGACGAGAUGUCUCACAGGCUGUACCAAACCCUAUAAGGACAUCUGAACCACACCGGGACUCUUACUCCUCUAACCGGGCUUUUUUGAAUGAGGUACACCCUAUAAAACUGCAACCACGCUCUCCCCUCUAUGUCUCGGACUGUUUCUCCGAGGUGAGCAAACAGGAUCAGCCUGCCAUCACUCCUCAUGUCAGGUGUCGUGUUGAUAUCAAGCCAGAUGCGGCAGUCCUGCAGCACACAGCCCGGAGGUCUCAGAACAUGAGGACUGAACAUCCCUGGCAGAGAUAUUCCUACUCAAGUCAGAGUAGAGGUCUGUCUGUGCCACGGCAGGUACGGACACCCACGCCAAGCGAAUGUUACAGUGGUGAUUAUAGACAAGCAUAUCAGUACACUACCUGCAUGACCCCCAGCUACAUUCAGCCAGUAGACAUGCGAAGGGUGCCCUCCCCUAUAAUGCCAAGGGAAUACUUGUCAAGGGAGCAGAGGACUCUCUCAAACCCCAAUAUACCAACUAAAUUCUUCUACACUGAGGAUCCGACUAGAUAUCCUGUCCAUCCGUCUGCUAGAGCGUACUAUCAGGAUGAUAAUUCCAGCCUCACCAGCCAAGGCAGUACUCUUAAUAGUCAGUAUGUGCAUGAUCCAAGGACUCGCUGGGUUCACACUCUCCCAGGCCGACCAUAUUACACAGAGCAACACAUGUCCAGCAGAGACCCUGGGCAGGCUGUCUAUACCAGACCUUACUCCACAAGCGAAGCAGGGCCAUACCUUGCUCAAACACCACAGGCAAGAGCAUACUAUGGGGAAGAUCCCAGAGCAUAUCCUUGUCAGUCAAAUGGCUCCAAGGUGUUCUACAGCAAGCCGUACAACCCCCCAGCAGGACAGUAUAUUCCAUACAAGGCGUAUCACACAGAGGGCCGUCAACAACCACAAAUGUCCCAGGCUUAUGCAGAUGACUGGUAUCGUUCAAGUAUAUCUGGAUACUCGAACCAGUCCUCUCAGCUGACACCACAGAGAGUAAGACAAGAGCCAGUAAUGUCCCCCUGGUUUGCAAACAGUUAUGUGGAGCCAAACAGACUGGUAGCAGAAGUCAGAAACCAUUCCAAAUCCUGGGACAAUAUUCUUUAUCCUCGUCAUGACAGGGAGCAAGCAGUACCACGUGGACGCAGCUAUGAGAAUCUGUUUUACCAGGGGAGACAUCCUCUGUUUCCUAGUGAUACAUCACAGCCAGUUAUACUCAAUCUAUCUAGUUCACCAAGGCGCUAUGCUGCCCGGUCCAUCUCUGAAAACUCCUUAGAGAAAGGACCAAACAAUCCUGGAAGGAACACUAAGGCUGGGCUAUGGUUUGCAACUCCUGAGAUCACGAUAACCGACAAUGACAUACGUGCACGCAACCACAAACAGCGAGAUGUGCGUUCAGCCAGCUGGGAUACACUGGAUUGUGAAAAGGCACCGACUCAAAAUGUUCUUCAUCAUCAAGAGCAGCCAUCUGAGUCAGCAGAACUGACCAAAGACAGAAAACACAACAAUUAUUCCCUGCAGCAGAGCCUAGAGCAACUGGAUGAGCUGCUAGCUGAUCUUGUCAUUGAUUACAAACCACCGACCAACAGGAAGCCUAGUCAGGAUCUAUUGAACCAAAUAAAACACUUGAUUAGUGAGGAUGAUGAAAAAGGAAAGAUAAAAUAUUCGGGCCUAGAGAGUCUAGGAGGCCUAGAGAGUAUAGGACCUCUCAACACACCACCCUCCUCCACUAAAACCAGCCCUGACACUAUCAAAGACCCAGACAGUGGGUGUGAUGGCUUACAGAGUUUACAGAGGAGUCCAGAGGAGAUCUCCCCAGACCAUAGCACAGACGACAAUGACACCAUGAUGUGUGCCAACAGGAAGUGCAAGCGGACAGAGACCCUGUUCAAUGCCUGUCUUUACUUCAAAUCCUGUCAUAGUUGCUACACCUUUUACUGCUCCCGGAACUGCCGUCGGGAUGACUGGGACAGCCAUAAAGAGAACUGUCUGUAUGGACGUAUCAGCAGUGUGUGCAGACACAUGCUGAAGUACUGCAGAGAGAACUCUGAGAUCCAUAAAGUCUUCUCUCGCAUUUCCAAAGCUGGCUACCUUUCCAGAGGGAGAGGUAUUCUUUUCCUGGGCUUUGCUAACCCAGGGACUGCUGACAACUUCCUGAAGGUCGGGCUUGAGAGCCUCGUCAUGUCCCCCACAUAUCUGUCUCUCAGAGAGCUGGACAGCUUCAAAGACAACCUGGGGGAUUACUGCAAGGACCUGCAGCAGGCUGGCAAUGAGUAUGACCCCAAUGAAUGUUUCCUCUUGAAUGUAUCCAUAGCUGUUGGUGAACUAGUGCCUAACAGACCCUCACCAAGAGUCCAAACACCAACAGUCCGAAAAUAUGCAAAGAUUUCAUUGGCCUCCUCCAGCCCAGAUAAAAAUGUCUUCAAGAAGGAGAGUGACAUGGAGACACUCAUUCUGACCCCGCCUCCAGGCACACCUGAUAUUGACAAAGAGGGAAAGGAGGGUAUGAAAGCCAGAGAGAUCUGCUUUAUCAAUAUCCAACGUGCGCUCAGGACCAGGGGAGUCUUCCUGCGUCAUGAGUAUCCCAAAAUAUACAAUCAACUCUGUGAGUUUGUGGAGAGCAACAAGAGAUUCACACCCACUACCAUUUACCCCAUAGAUAAGAGAACAGGGAAGCAGUUCAUGUGUAUGAUCAUGGCUGCUUCUGAGCCCAGAACGCUAGACUGGGUAGGCACCCCCCAUCUCCUUGAUGAUAUUAUAUAGUACUGACCUGUGCACCUCUGAUGUCACCUAUAUGUACAUGUAGAUACAUGUCAUUUAACAGAUAUUUAUGAUGAAUGUUUGUAGAUACAUAUGUAUUUUACAUCAGAAAGGAAGAUUGUUAAUAAGACUACUGUUAUUAAUGUUUCCAAUCACUAAGAAUUAUUAAAACAAUGAGGAGAGUGUUGACUGAUGUUACACACACACAAACAAACAAACUAUAAUGUAACACUUUAUCAUUGUUGGUUUUUGUUGCAGUAGUGUUGUUUUUAUCCUGUUACACUGGAAAUAGCUUGAUCUGCAUGUAAAAUGGUCAUACUGUAUUUACAAGUCAUUAUUUUGUUUUUAAUCCCUGUUUAGACAAGGCACUGUCUGUGUUGAUACCACAUGAAUUGGGUUGGGUUGUCAUGCACAAAUAAUUCACAAUUAUCUAGAAAAAUACCUCUGCCUGGCUGAAUAUAACUGAGGGAGGCACUGCUAUUCAGAACAUUUCUAAAGCAAUCUAGAUUAAACCUACAAAGCAUCAUUUUUCUCCAAAUGUAGAGCUCCACUAGUGUUCUCCGUGUUGAAGCUGUUCUCAGCAGCUGUAAUAUAUAUACAAAAAAAAAUACUGACAGUUGUAUUUCUGCACAUGCUUCAUUAUAUCCUGAAAAUAUUUGAAUAUCAAAGUCUGUCUUGAAAUUGCUGUGCUGUGCCAGAGUCUGGGUAUACAUCUUAGUUAAGAUGAUUAAUAUCACUGCUGAUAAUAAUGCUUUCAUUAUGUCUACUUAUGGAUAGAAAAAUCAGGUGUCUACACCUAUGCUCUGAAUCCCCUCCCCCCUUGAGUUUUGUUUUAGGCAUUAAUUGCAUCCUCUUUCAUCACUUUAUUAACAUUCUAUUGAUUCUACAUUGUUCAAUUCACUGUAACACGCUUGAUAACUUGUUAGAUUGUGGCCUUCAGUAGAAAAUGCAUUUGACAGAAAGCAAUGUGUGGAUUUGUUUUGUAAGGCUUGACUCUUGACUGUAAAUGAGUGUGGUGCAUUUGCUUGACAUUGCAAAUGAAUAUUUACUUUGCUUAAAGCAUGUUAUUUAUAUUCAGGUAUUUUAAAUAUUGAUUAUGCUUAUGAAAAACUGACAAUGGUUAUAAUAAACUGACAUUUAAUGAUUUGAAUUGUAAUAUUAUGUUUAAAGAAUAAAAUGCUAGUACUAUUUAUUUUUGGUUGAGAAAAUACACCUUCCUUUUGAGAUAUAUAUUUAUGGUAUAAUUAACACAUUUGUUGAAGAAUAUACAUUAAUAUCAUAUACCGCCUAAUGUAUUUCAUACCUUUAAACGAACACAAAAAUGCAAUAAAGAGAAGAAACAGAAAGAGCAACCUUCAUAUUUGAACAGUAACAUAUUGGUAAUGACAAGCUGGAGCGUUGAGCUGCUAAAAGCUUCUAUUGCACUUGAACAUAAAUUAUACAGAAUGUCUCCUAAUGCAUCUAGCUACACAGCACUGAAACGAGCAUGUUAAAUGUCCAUUGAUAGAGCCUGAAAAUCUAAGGUUGAUCUUUUACAUCAUAUUUCCCCCUGCUAGAUGUUACCCAAUUUUCUAUUUUGUGAUGUUUAUAACCCAUGUAUAAUAAACACAAAAUGAAGACAGA